UGACGGAAGCGUCUUGCAUAGCGGUGCAGCUUCAACCUUACGGCACCAUGAAUUAUAAGUAUAUAUUCUCUGUUUAAGACAUUGAGUGACCCUAUGGAUGUAAUUUGGAACAAACUGAAGAUUGCAAACGACUUAUUUGUGUAAAAGCAGAAUUAAAAAAUGAGCAACAUCCUCCAUGCAGCAUCAAAAGUGAGAUGGAAUCAGAGCACUGCGGCGAAAAGAGCGGUGUUCCUGGCGGCCGCCGCAUACGGAGCGAAGACGCUUUACUCCAUCAUCUGCAAACAAAUAAAUCAACGGAAAACAACCAAGAACAACGCGUCUGCACCGGGACAUGAGAAUGGAUUGAUAUCUGCUCCUAAAGCCACACCAGAGACUGCCUCUAGCCUUAGUAAAUCACCCGGCGUCAAUGCGGAAUUCUUCAAGCAGGUUCUUGAACUGGUUCAAAUCGUGUUCCCAAGGUUUGUAACUAAAGAACUGGGUUUACUAUGUUUACAUUCACUAGCUCUGGUUUCACGGACGUUUCUGUCUAUUUAUGUGGCAGGUUUGGAUGGUAAAAUAGUGAAAACGAUGGUAGAGAAGCAGCCGCGGAGCUUCAUGAUCAAACUGAUGAAAUGGCUUCUGAUCGCCAUCCCGGCCACAUUCGUCAACAGCGCGAUCCGCUAUCUGGAGUGCAAGCUCGCGCUCGCGUUCCGCACGCGUUUGGUGGAUCAUGCAUAUAAAACGUAUUUCACCGAUCAGACCUAUUAUAAGGUCAGCAACAUGGACGGGAGGCUGGCGAACCCGGACCAGUCUCUAACCGAGGAUGUGAUGAUGUUCUCGCAGUCCAUUGCGCAUCUGUACUCAAACCUCACCAAACCCAUCCUGGACGUGAUACUGACUUCAUAUACCUUAAUACAGACUGCGAGAUCUCGGGGUGCGAACGCAACCGGACCCACUCUCUUAGCGGGUCUGGUGGUGUUCGCCACGGCGAAGGUCCUGCGCGCUUGCUCGCCGAGGUUCGGUAAGCUGGUGGCGGAGGAGGCGCACAGGAAGGGCUACUUGCGUUAUGUGCACUCCAGAAUCAUAGCCAAUGCAGAGGAGAUCGCCUUCUAUAGGGGACAUACGGUGGAGAUGAGGCAGCUGCAGAAGUGUUAUAGUGCCCUGGCGGAGCAGAUGAACCUCAUUCUAUCAAAACGUCUGUGGUACAUCAUGAUUGAACAGUUCCUCAUGAAGUACGUCUGGAGUGGAAGUGGCCUUGUUAUGGUGGCAGUGCCCAUUAUCACUGCCACUGGCUUUGCUGACAACAAGCUGGCUGACGGUCAGACGCAAGUGUUGGUGAGUGAAAGAACAGAGGCCUUUACAACAGCUCGCAAUCUAUUGGCCUCAGGGGCUGAUGCCAUUGAAAGGAUCAUGUCUUCUUAUAAAGAGGUCACCGAGUUGGCUGGCUACACGGCACGUGUGCACAACAUGUUCUUGGUAUUUGACCAAGUCCAGAGGGGAAUAUACAAACGUUCAUCUGCCAUCGCGACUGCAGGGGAGAUGAUAAGCGGGGAUGAUAACCGACCUGAGAUGCACAUCGAUGGGCCUCUGGAAAUCAAAGGCAAAGUGAUUGAUGUGGAUAAAGGUAUAGUCUGUGAAAAUGUGCCUAUAAUCACUCCUAAUGGAGAUGUGGUUGUGUCCUCCUUAAACUUCAAGGUAGAGGAAGGGAUGCAUUUGCUGAUCACAGGGCCAAAUGGAUGUGGGAAAAGUUCUCUGUUCCGGAUCCUCAGUGGCCUGUGGCCCGUGUACGGCGGACUUCUGUACAAACCAUCACCUGAGCACAUGUUUUACAUCCCACAGAGACCAUACAUGUCCAUCGGAACGUUACGGGACCAGGUCAUCUACCCCGACUCUCUAGACGACAUGCAUGACAAGGGUUACAGAGACAAGGACCUGGAAGUUAUUCUGGACAUUGUCAAUCUAAACCACAUUGUUACCCGGGAAGGAGGGUGGGAUGCUGAGCUGGACUGGAAAGAUGUUCUUUCUGGAGGCGAGAAACAGCGUAUGGGCAUGGCACGCAUGUUUUACCACAAGCCUAAGUAUGCUUUGCUGGAUGAGUGCACCAGUGCGGUCAGCAUUGAUGUAGAGGGUAAAAUAUUUCAGGCUGCAAAGGAUGCUGGUAUCUCCUUGCUGUCCAUCACCCAUAGACCCUCUCUAUGGAAAUACCACACACACCUGCUGCAGUUUGACGGGGAGGGCGGCUGGCGGUUCGAGCAGCUGGAUACGGCCACACGGCUCUCACUGACAGAGGAAAAGCAACGCUUGGAGUCUCAGCUCGCAGGCAUCCCUAAGAUGCAGCUCAGACUGAAUGAACUGUGUAAGAUCUUGGGCGAAGAUUCGGUUCUAAAGACGGUGGAGAACAAGGAUGAGGACUGAAAGAAGCCUGGAGAUGCUUGAUGUUCAGGAACACUUUUGGUACUUUUAAUAUUUUAGCAAUGAUUUUAACAUUUGAUGUGUAUACAUGACAAUUCGAUAGUGAAAUUGGAGUUUAAUAGGAAUUGUAGAAACAGUUCCCUUUUGCUUUAUUUUUUGUUUUUAUAGUUUAGUUUUGUUUUC